UGGCAAAGCAGUCCCCAGGGGCCAUGUCGGCGUCAUGGGUGCCCACUGGGGUGUGGGGGGCAGGGGAGGCUUCAUUAACUUUGCCCAGGUAAGCCAAGGCCUGUGCCCGUUGCAGCGUCACUGACCAGCGUUGGCGGAACUGGUGGAGCAGUUUCGCUGCCUGGUAGGAGCUGGGGUCCGCAUUGAAAAGUCUCCUGGCCCCUGUGUCAGCCAGUAGCUUCAGGAAGGUAGGGACCUCGGCGCAGGGGCAGCCGUAUGUCUCGACUGCAAGUGGGAAAAAUCCGACAUACGGAGCCCGAUUUCGGUAAUGGGAGAUUUUCUUGUCGGCUUGCUCCCGGGCCAUGUAUCCGCGUCCUUUUCUAGCGUCCGGGUCCCGGCUGCUGAUGGGAUCUGUGACAGUGACGUCACAGAUCCAGACGGCUCCGGAACUGCGGUCUCGGAGGGCGAGGUCGGCCUUGUGGCCGUCAACGGGGCUGUAGAUGGUGGUCUCCUUGGUGGUUGGGCAGCCUGGUGUCGAGGAUUUCGAAUUCCUCGGCGCAGUUGCAAGUGCGGGGGGCUGGGAAUGGAAGGCCGAGGCGGAAGGCCAGGGCAAUGGCGAAGAGCUCCCGGGCUCGUGGGGGCAUCGCCGUUUCACACUUCGCCAGCCAGGUAUGCAAGUGGGUGGGGCUGGUGAAAGGUGGCGUGAGGUGCCGGACAGCGUCGGCCAGGGGCCCUCCUGACGCUGCUGGGAGGUCAGCCAAGAGGCCCUGGGCUUGGGUGAGGCUGGUGAGGUAGGCUGGGUAUCCCUCAAUUGCGGGGUCGGUUAGACCCAGUCCGCCAAGAGAGGGAGGGAGGGACGCUUGAUCCCAAGUGCGCGCUCGCUCCACCUCGCCCCGAGGUGGUUGGAGGUUGCAGGCACGCAGGAGGGUAUAGAAGAGCUCCCGACCCCAGUCGGACCAGACGUCCAGGGGUAGGAAGUCAAGGGGGGUGGUGCGGAUUAAGUAUGAGACACGCCGAGAUACGCAGCGUGUGAGGAGGAGGGAUGAGGACUGAGGGUCCAUGGUGGCCAGUGUGGCGAGGGGUUCGGCUAGCAGGGCUAGCUGGGUGCGGAGGAAUGCGGCUGUGCCCUCGGCUGUGCCUAUAAAGCUGCCAAGCACGCGGACGCCUUCUGUGUUGAAAGGUAUGCCUGGGGGAAGGCGGUCAGGUGCAGGGUGCUCGGCUGACCACGCCGCGCAUUUCGCGGGGUUGUGGGAGAGACCGAUGCGGUCCAUGGCCGCUGUGAAAUUGAGGAACGCCGAGGUGCAGGCGUCCGGAUCGCCGACGAAGGUGAUGUCGUCGGCGUACGCGAGGCAGAGGACCUCGGGGUGGGCCGCGGCGGUUGUCUGGAGCGCUGGCGUCGAGGUAGAGCAGGGACGGUGCUCCGUAGGAGAAUUGUAUGAAGGGGAGGAGCGGGCGCAGGGGCGAGGUGUUGAUUGCGUGGAUGAUGGCCGCGCGGUCAACGCUAUUGAAGGCGUUUGAAAGGUCGACUUGUAGGAUGAGUGAGCCCGGGCGCGCUGAGGUAAAGCCCCUGGUGGCAUGGAUGAUGGCUUCUCCG